GUUGUGACGUCACAUAAUGGCUGUCACACCAAAACACUGCAAAUCCUUGGCUGAAAAUGGGCUUUAAAAUGUAAACCACACACUAACAGUGCUAUUUUGAUAAGCUGAUUAACUCGACGACUAACUUGAAAAUGUCAAGAAGUUCCAAAACACAGAGUAGAGCCCAAGGAACAUUGAUAGAAGUGAAGAGCAAGUUUGAUGCAGAGUUCCGCCGUUUUAGCGUUGAACGAGACAGGUAUGAGAAACUUGAAGAUUUUCGGAGGCUAGUGGAAGAACUGCACAGACUAGCCAAUAUAGCAUUUGUGUUAUCAUACACAGAUCCUCGUGAUGGCGACCUCCUACCUAUUACCAAUGAUGAUAAUUUUAGAAAAGCACUCCAGUGUGCCCGUCCAGUACUUAAGAUCAUUGUCCAACAUAAAGGGAGCUUGGAGCACUUGCCAAAUGGAUCCAACCAUAAGUUACCAAGUAUUCUCUCACCAUUUGUUACAAAACCUAUAAACAAGUUAUCUAUAUCCUAUCCUCAAGAUUUCAGACAGGUAGCAGCCAUCAUCGAUGUGGAUGUAGUACCAGAAGUUUGUAGAAGAGUACGGCUACUGAAACACGGCUCUGAUAAACCUCUUGGGUUCUACAUUCGUGAUGGCACUAGUGUGCGUGUUACUCCACAUGGCUUGGAAAGAGUGCCUGGUAUAUUCAUUUCCCGUCUGGUACCUGGCGGUUUGGCGGAAAGCACUGGCCUCUUGGCAGUUAAUGAUGAGGUCCUCGAGGUGAAUGGAAUUGAAGUCAAUGGUAAAACAUUGGAUCAGGUGACAGACAUGAUGGUAGCUAACAGCAGCAAUUUGAUCAUCACAGUAAAGCCUGCUAAUCAAAGGACACAGUCACACACUCCUCGCCGAGGAUCAUUUUCACGUAAUUCAGCAAUGUCAUCUGGAUCACAGCAGUCACACCAGUCCGCCUCAGAUGAAGACCGAUAUGACCAAGAUGAAAUAAGAGAUCUUACUGCUGGGGACUCUCUCACUGAUGUACCUCUAUCACAUACUUUGCAACCCAGUAAAGAUGAAGGAGUUUUGCAUCUUUAAUUUUUUAUAAAAAAUAUAUUUUUAGAUUGUUAAAUAAUUCUUCUAAAGCUUUCAAAUUAUUUGUACAAAUUUGUUUACAGAAAGCUGUUGGCUAAUACACUCUAGAAAUGUGACCAAUUUUGCUAUUAAUUUAGAUUUGAAAAAUUCCAAAGUGACAUUUAUAUUCAGAAAUGUCCUUACAAAGCUCAUUAAUAUUACAUUUGCAAUAGCACAGGUGAGCAACAUGAUAGACUUCGUGCAGUCUUGGUUUUACGAUCAUUGAUAAAUUGUUUGAAUCCUAGUUCACUUUCAGAAUGUGCUGCAUUACCACUAGCAAGAGAAUUUCACAUUCGCAGGUGUAAGAAGUGCCUAUUGAUGAUGUGAUGUGUCUUAUUCCAUUGCCUUAAGAGAGAUUUUUUGUUGGUAAGAAAAUAUUUACUUUCAGGGAAUAAUUGAUGUUAUAGUUGGAGGUAUGAUGCUAAAAUUGUGCCUUUGUAAAAAAAAAAUAGAAAAUGUCUUUUAAUGUGUUCUCUUAUAACAAGGAUGCACAGCUGGCAGCACAGUAGCACAGUGGCGGCCAUAUGUUUUUUUUUUACCUCUGCCACCUUUGUAUAGUGACUAGACGAAGAGGUGGUAGAGGCAAACACAAUACACACGUCACAUUUGUACUACAGUACCUCUUCUUAAUCCAUGUAAAACUCGUGGGUUGCCAGUUGUGUAUCCCUGACUUUAAGCAAGCAGACACAUGCAGAUACUACAGAGAGGUAAGUAAUUACACUCCCAAACUUCAUAUAAUUAUGUAUAUGCUCUCAAACUAACACUCACUCUCACACUCCCUCACAAUCACUCACUUUCACUCAUACUUGCACUCUCAAACUUGCUCUCUGAAUCUCAAUUUCUCUCUCUGUCUCUGUCUCUCACUCAGUCUUUGUCUCACACACACACUAAAAUCACUCACAAUCACACACAGUCACACAUACUCACAAACACUCUCUCUGUCUCUCUCUCUCUCUGUCUCGGUCUCUCUCUCUGUCUCGGUCUCUCUCUCUCUCUGUCUCUGUCUAUCUGUCUCUGUGUGUGUGUGUGUGUGUGUGUGUCUGUCUGUCUCUCUGUCUCUGUCUCUAUCUCUCUCUCUAUCUGUCUGUCUCUCUGUCUAUCUCUGUCUCUGUCUCUCUCUAUCUCUGUCUCUCUCUAUCUCUGUCUCUCUAUCUCUGUCUCUCUCUAUCUCUGUCUCUCUCUAUCUCUGUCUCUCUCUAUCUCUCUCACACACACACACACACACACACACACACACACACAGUCACACGCACGUGCACACCUACCUCUCUUUCAUCUCCC